AUGGAUAAAGAUGGCGAUACUCAGACACGGCCGUCGCCGGGAGGUUCUAGUUCCUCAGAUCCGCCUAUCGGACUUACAGCCACCGUGAAGUCACCCGCUUCACCUCCAUCUCCUCGGAACGGUUUAGAGUUAGUAGUUUAUCCUCCUACUCAGACUGCCACCGGCAGAGGUAGCCACGGAAGUAGAAGCGGCGGCGGAGGAGGAGGGAGAGACGACUGCUGGAGCGAAGAAGCGACGGAGAUUCUAAUCGAUGCGUGGGGAGAGAGAUUCAUGGAGCUGAAGAGAGGGAAUCUGAAACAGCAGCACUGGGAGGAAGUAGCGAAGAUCGUCAACAGAAGUAGUAGCAGCAAAUCUCCGAAGACUGAUUUACAGUGCAAGAACAGAAUCGACACGGCGAAGAAGAAAUUCAAGCAGGAAAAGGCUAAAGUCGCAGCAGGUACUGAUAAUAACAGCAGAUGGAUCUUCUUCAAAAAGCUCGAGCGUUUGAUCGGAGGAGCCACAGCCACAACGACGGCGAGUAAGGCUUCAAUGGUUACUCCUUCGAGCAGACGUUCGAGUCUUUACCAACGAAAAGCCAAGUCUUCUUCGGCUUUGCAUCAGCAGAAGCAACAAGGAAGUGUGAAAAGGAGCAAUGAUUCAACACGAUGGCAUUUCAGGAAACGAGUUGCUUCGGAGACGGAAUCAGAGUCUGAGCCUGAUCUUUCUGCAGAGUCAGGUGACGACAGUCUACCACCGUUGCUUCCACCGCCGGUGACAUUGGAUAAGAAGAUAGGAGGCGGAGAAGGAAGGGAGCUUGGAGAGGUGGCGAUGGCGAUACUGGGAUUUGCAGAAAGUUAUGAAAAGGCGGAGACUGUGAAGCUUAAGCAAACUGUGGAGCUGGAGAAGGAGAGGAUGAUGUUUGCCAAGGAGCUUGAGUUGCAGAGAAUGCAAUUCUUUAAAGAUCAAUUGGAGAUAUUACGGAACAUUGAAGAAGAAGACAGAGACGGUGAAAGAAGAAUCAGGAGUCGCCACCACAGUGUCAAGGAUAAUGGCAAAGUAAGUUAA